CCCCAUCUGCGCAUGCGCUGUGGCCCGGAAACGCUGUGACCCGCUAUGGCGAUGGCGGAGAAGUUCGACUCGCUUGAGGAGCACCUGGAGAAGUUCGUGGAGAACAUCCGGCAGCUCGGCAUCAUCGUCAGCGACUUCCAGCCCAGCAGCCAGGCCGGCCUCAACCAGAAGCUGAAUUUCAUGGUGACGGGCCUACAGGACAUCGACAAGUGCCGGCAACAGCUUCACGACAUCAGCGUGCCUCUGGAAGUGUUCGAAUAUAUAGACCAAGGUCGCAACCCUCAGCUUUACACUAAGGAGUGCCUGGAGAGAGCUUUGGCUAAGAAUGAACAAGUAAAAGGAAAAAUUGACACAAUGAAGAUACGGCUUUCUGCCUCUCCUGCUACCAGGGCACCAUAUCUGUUCUGCAAUUGUGGACUUGUGGGUGGAGAAGGAACUGCCGUCCUUGUGCCAGAAGUCAUGUUAGUCUCCAGGUGCCAGGACUUCUAGGACACACUAAGUUCAUGGGUCACUCUGAAAGUAAUGCCUCUUAUUUAUUUCCAUAGGAACCUCAACAAAUACAAAGAGCACAAUAAUUCUAUUUGACAGAGAAAAUUAUCAGCUACAAAACACUAGUUUGAGACAUAGUCACCACCACUAGCUAUGCUGUAGCAACGAACAAGAGCCUGCAUGUCCUACUCAUAAAAAUCUGCACCAGUGGAGGUGACGUCCCAUUUCACAGCUGCUGUGAUGAUGUUGUUAGUAAGAAAAUGUUGCCCACACAAUCCAUCUUGCAUCAGCCUGAACAGCUGGAAGUCAGAAGGUGCCCAAUCCAAACUAUAUGGUGGGUGUGGUAAGACAAUUCAGCCAAGAUGGGCAGUGUGCUCCACGAUCUUCAAAUUGGUGUGAGGCCUGGCGUUACCAUGUUGUAAGAGACUUUAUCCUGGCUCUGGAAGUUUAAUCCAUAAGCUUAGUCAGCAUUGCAGUGUAGUGGUCAGAAUUGAUGCUUUGUCUGGGUUCCAGGAAAUCCAGAAGGAACACCCUUUUCCUAUCCUGAAAGACUGCACAUCACUUUACUUUCUGAUAGAUGCAUCUUGAAUCUGUUCUCUAAUGGGGAAUUCACAUGUUGCUGCACCAUGGACUGCUGUAUUGACUAUGGGCUUGCAGUGAUUCAGUAGAGUCUGGGAAACUUGCAUAUGGUGUUCAUUCUGUUCCAGUGUGAGCACUCAUGAGACCCGCUUGAAACAAAAUGUGCAGUAUUCCAAUGUUGUCACCAUCAUUUCCAAUGCACCAAAGCUGAUAUUCCAUCCCAUACACGAUUCUCUGGUUAUAAUCCACUGAUCUGCUCCUUGUUUUAUGAUGUGACGACUAUGCGCGGCGAUCUAGAACAUGACUUCUCUUUCUCUGCUGUCACUGCUGAAAUGCAGUACCCACCACCUUCCUGUUAAGCAAGUACUGAUGAAUGUCAAUGAGAGCCAUUUUUUUUUUUUCUCAUGGAGGAAUUCUGUGAUACACCUUUUCUUCACCCACACUCCCAAAUCAGACACCAUUCUGUCAGACUGCCCCACUGCUGCCAUCUGUCACACAGCAACAACAUGUAACAGAAUACUGGUGAGAAGGUUCAACCUCUACUGCCAUACCACCAAAAUCCACCUCUGGCAUCAUGGGCCAGCAUCAUAAAAUAGCAGGCAUUACUUUUAUAGCUUCCCUCAUAGAUGGAAUCUUUAAGAAGAUUAACAAAUGUAUCUUUUUUUUUUGCAGAUAAGUUUUCCAGAUGCAUUAUUAAACCUGACAGUUAAUUUUCACUUGUGUAUGUGCUAUAAGAUGUCCUUACAUUUUCAU